GUUGCAUAUUUUUUGUCGUUAUCUUUAAUAUUCUUUUAUGGUACAACAUAAUAAGCAAACACGUUUUCCUCAAACUUGAAUCUCGAAAUUCUCAAUAUGUAUUUCCAGAUUUUGGUUUUCAAGAGCAUUCAGUUGGAGUUAAGCUAUUCACCAGAAAGGUUCACCACAUAAAAGAAGUUUGUAACAAAACUCAUCUAAAGAUUCAUUAAGAAGAGGCAAAAAUGACUUUCCCCAUUAUCAUUGCUUUCUUCUUCUGUGCAGUUGCAUUCAUUUGGUAUCGUGUGAGAAAAGUACUAAGUUACUGGAGUGAUAGAAAUGUGCCGGUGGUUGACCCCAAAUUCCCACUGGGAAAUCUUGGGGAUGUUGGCAAGAAGCAUUUGGGGUGUGUUCUGCAAGAUAUUUAUUUGAAAUUGAAGAACAAGGCACAUUUUGCGGGUUUCUACUUCCUCCUAUCACCACAAAUAAUUCCCCUAAGUUCGGAACUAAUUAAGAAUAUUCUCAUCAAGGACUUUCAGUACUUCAGUGACCGUAAAAUUUUCCACAAUGAAAAAGAUGAUCCACUUUCGGCUCAUUUGUUUGCCAUUCGAGGGGAGAAAUGGCGCAUCUUGAGACAAAAAUUGACCCCCACAUUCACCUCUAGCAAGAUGAAAAUGAUGUUCCCGCUCGUUAUUGCUGAAGCAAAAAAUCUUCAAAAAUACAUUGAGAAGCACAUCAACGAUGGCCCAAUGGAAAUGAAGUCUGUAUGUGUUCGCUUUACGGCGGAUGUUAUUGGAAGUGCGGCUUUUGGACUUGAAUGCCGUGCCUUAGUUAAUGAAGAUUCUGAAAUACUCAGAGUUGGUAAACACUUUUUUUCCUUCAACACCUUCAUGAGUCGCUUGAAGUUCUUCCUUGAGUUUCUCUAUGAAGAUUUGGCCAAAGCUUUGGGAUUUCGUUUCAAUCACAUUGUAUUGGAAGAAUUUUUCAUGAGAGUCAUUAAGGAAACAAUCGAAAUGCGAGAGAGUGGACUAGUAGAUAAGAAUGAUUUUAUGAAGCAUCUAUUGGAAAUAAGAGAUUCUGAUAAGGAUGGAAAGAUUUUUAAGAAUUUCAAUGAACUCGCGGCUCAAGCUUUUGCUAUUUUCUUCGGUGGUUUUGAGACCUCAUCGAAUACAAUGGAAUGGUGCCUCUGUAACUUAGCUCAGCAUCCUGAUAUACAAGAUCGAGUACGUACUGAAGUAAGGGAGGUGCUAAAGAAAUGGAAUGGAGAACUAACAUACGAAGCUUUACGAGAAUUGACUUAUCUCCGUCAAUGUAUUGAUGAAACUCUUCGACUUCAUCCACCGGCUGUUGUUUUAUUCCGCGACUGUGUUAAGGAGUAUAAAAUUCCAAACACAAAUCAAACUAUAGAGAAAGGAAAAUUAAUUUUCAUUCCUGUGAUGGGUAUUCAUAUGGACCCAGAAUAUUAUCCAAAUCCCGAAAUUUACGAUCCCGACAGAUUUACACCGGAAAAUGUUAAAAAGCGCGAUCCAGCGACGUAUUUACCAUUCGGAGAUGGCCCCAGAAAUUGCAUUGGAAUGCGUUUUGGUUUGAUGCAGGUCACUGUCGGUUUAGCCUACAUUUUAAAUAAUUUCCGUUUAACUUUGAACUCAAAGACAGCAACGCCACUUGAAUUAGAUCCCACAGAUGUUAUAACUAAUGUCAAAGGAGGUGCAUGGUUUGAUAUUGAAGAUUUAAGUAAAAAUGAAUGAAUUCUUUUUUAGAAGAUAAAAUCAUAAUAAAUUAAUAGCACCACAUCGCAUGAAUGCGUAUAGAUUAAUAGGUGUUGUUAAAUUGAUACUUUUGUGUGACAUAUUAUACUGUGCUUAUUGUGUUAAUAAAUAUAAUAGAUAAGAUUAUAUUUCAUCGACAAAUUGCCUUCAAUCGGAGUCAUGCCAGUUAUUUUUAACUUUGUCAGUGUUAUAUGUAUAUAAUUAAUAGUUGGUUUAUGUGAAAUUCCAACUAUUAUUAUUACUUAAUAAAAUUUAUUGUUUUUGUUCGCAUUGGAUGAAGAA